CUCCACACAGAAAAAAAGACUGACCGAAAGAGAGAACAGCUUCUGCCUCUGGCUCUCAGCAAGCCCAUCGCACCCAUCUUCCUACAGGGUCUCUCUGAUCUCAAAGUAAUGGAUGGAAGCCAGGUCACCAUGACAGUCCAGGUGUCAGGGAAUCCACCCCCAGAGGUUAUAUGGCUCCACAAUGGAAAUGAGAUCCAGGAGUCAGAGGACUUCCAUUUUGAACAGAGAGGUGCCCAGCACAGCCUUUGUAUCCAGGAGGUGUUCCCAGAAGACAGGGGCACAUACACCUGCGAGGCCUGGAACAGCGCAGGGGAGGUCCGCAGCCAGGCUGUGCUCACAGUGCAAGAGCCUCAUGAUGGCACCCAGCCCUGGUUCAUCAGCAAGCCUCGCUCGGUGACCGCCUCCCUGGGUCAGAGUGUUCUCAUCUCCUGCGCCAUAGCUGGUGACCCCUUCCCCACUGUGCACUGGCUCCGAGGUGGCAAAGCCCUCUCCAAGGACACUGGCCACUUUGAGGUGCUCCAGAACGAGGAUGUGUUCACCCUGGUUCUAAAGAACGUGCAACCAUGGCAUGCCGGCCAGUAUGAGAUCCUGCUCAAGAACCGGGUUGGUGAAUGCAGUUGCCAGGUGUCACUGAUGCUGCAGAACAACCCUGCCAGAGCCCCCCUGUGGGGGCGGGAGCCUGCCAGCUGUGAAGGCCUCUGUGGUGGAGGAGUUGGUGCUGAUGGUGGUGGUGACCAGGAUGGGACCCUGAAGCCUGGCCAGCCAGCAAGAGGGCAGGGUUGGCCAGAGGAAGAAGACGGAGAGGACGUUCGGGGAGUGCUGAAGAGGCGCGUGGAGACUAGGCUGCACACAGAGGAGGCGAUCCGCCAGCAGGAGGUGGAACAGCUGGAUUUCCGUGACCUCCUGGGGAAGAAGGUGAGCACCAAGACUGUGUCAGAAGAAGACCUGAAGGAGAUCCCCGCUGAGCAGAUGGAUUUCCGAGCCAACCUGCAGCGGCAGGUAAAGCCAAAGACUGUGUCCGAGGAAGAGAGGAAAGUGCACAGCCCCCAGCAGGUUGACUUCCGCUCUGUCCUGGCCAAGAAGGGGACUCCCAAGACCCCUGUACCUGAGAAGGCACCACCCCCAAAAUCUGCCACCCCAGAUUUUCGCUCAGUGCUGGGUAGCAAAAAGAAAUCACCAGCAGAGAAUGACAGCAGCAGUGCUGAGGCUUUGAAUGCCAAGGCCACAGAAAGCCCCAUGCCUGUGGGCAAUGCACAGGCUACGGGAUCCCUGAAACCUGUGGCCAACACCAAGCCUACAGAGACCCUGAAACCCGUGGCCACAAAGCCUGCAGAGACCCUGAAACCCGUGGCCAACACAAAGCCUGCAGAGACCCUGAAACCCGUGGCCAACACCAAGCCUGCAGAGACCCUGAAACCCGUGGCCAACACCAAGCCUGCAGAGACCCUGAAACCCCUGGCCACAAAGCCUACAGAGACCCUGAAACCCGUGGCCACCAAGCCUGCAGAGAGCCUGAAACCCGUGGCCAAGGCCAAGCCUGCCGAGACCCUGAAACCCGUGGCCAAUGCCAAGCCUGCCGAGACCCUGAAACCCGUGGCCAAUGCCAAGCCUGCGGAGACCCUGAAACCCGUGGCCAAUGCCAAGCCUGCCGAGACCCUGAAACCCGUGGCCACCAAGCCUGCAGAGACCCUGAAACCCGUGGCCACCAAGCCUGCAGAGACCUUGAAACCCGUGGCCAAUGCCAAGCCUGCAGAGACCCUGAAACCCGUGGCCAAUGCCAAGCCUGCCGAGACCCUGAAACCCGUGGCCACCAAGCCUGCAGAGACCCUGAAACCUGUGGCCACCAAGCCUGCAGAGACCUUGAAACCCAUGGCCAAUGCCAAGCCUGCCGAGACCCUGAAACCCAUGGCCAACACCAAGCCUGCAGAAACCUUGAAACCUGUGGCCAAUGCCAAGCCUGCCGAGACCCUGAAACCACCUGCAAAAGAAGAAUUAAAGAAGGAGGUUAAGAAUGAUGUGAACUGCAAGAGAGGACAUGCAGGGACCACAGAUAAUGAAAAAAGACCAGAGAGUCAAGGGACAGCCCCAACCUUCAAGGAGAAGCUGCAAGAUGUUCGUGUGGCAGAGGGUGAGAAGCUGCUACUCCAAUGCCAGGUGUCCUCUGACCCCCCGGCUACCAUCACCUGGACACUGAAUGGAAAGACACUCAAGACCACCAAGUUCAUCAUCCUCUCCCAAGAAGGCUCACUCUGCUCCGUCUCCAUCGAGAAGGCACUGCCCGAAGACAGAGGCCUGUACAAGUGUAUAGCCAAGAAUGGUGCCGGCCAGGCAGAGUGUUCCUGCCAAGUCACUGUGGAUGAUGCUCCGGCCAGUGAGAACACCAAGGCCCCGGAGAUGAAAUCCCGGAGGUCCAAGAGCUCUCUUCCCCCUGUGUUAGGAACAGAGAGUGAUGCGACUGUGAAAAAGAAACCUGCUCCCAAGACUCCUCCGAAGACAGCUAUGCCCCCUCAAAUCAUCCAGUUUCCUGAGGACCAGAAGGUACGUGCAGGAGAGCCUGUGGAGCUGUUUGGGAAAGUGACUGGUACCCAGCCCAUCACCUGUACCUGGAUGAAGUUCCGAAAACAGAUCCAGGAAAGUGAGCACAUCAAGGUGGAGAACAGCGAGAGUGGCAGCAAGCUCACCAUCCUGGCCGCGCGCCAGGAGCACUGUGGCUGCUACACAUUGCUGGUGGAGAAUAAGCUGGGCAACAGGCAGGCCCAGGUCAACCUCACUGUUGUGGAUAAGCCAGAUCCCCCAGCUGGCACACCGUGCGCCUCUGAUACUCCGGAGCCCUCCUGACCCUUGUCAUGGUACGGUUCUUCAUAUGAUGGCGGGCGUGCUGUUUACAGUCCUAACAAUGUCGAGAUUCUGGGGACUCAGAGGGACAAGACAUGGAAGGAACUAGCCAAUGCCGCAGCACCUCUUUUUAAUGUCCAGGGACCUAUGCACCGCGAGUAUAAAUUUCGUGUUCGCGCUGUCAACGUAGGAACCAGUGAAAGCCAGCCAGAGUCUGAGCUCACAGUAGUGGGAGAGAAACCUGAAGAGCCAAAGGAUGAAGUGGAGGUGUCAGAUGAUGAUGAGAAGGAGCCCGAGGUUGACUACCGGACGGUGACAGUCAAUACUGAACAAAAAGUAUCUGACUUCUAUGACAUUGAAGAGAGACUAGGAUCUGGGAAAUUCGGACAAGUCUUUCGACUUGUAGAAAAGAAAACUGGAAAAAUCUGGGCAGGGAAAUUCUUCAAGGCCUAUUCAGCAAAAGAGAAAGAGAAUAUCCGGCAGGAGAUCAGCAUCAUGAACUGUCUCCACCAUCCCAAGCUUGUCCAGUGCGUGGACGCCUUCGAAGAAAAGGCCAACAUUGUCAUGGUCCUCGAAAUCGUUUCAGGAGGUGAGUUGUUUGAGCGCAUCAUUGACGAGGACUUUGAGCUGACAGAGCGGGAGUGCAUCAAGUAUAUGAGGCAGAUCUCGGAGGGGGUGGAGUACAUCCAUAAGCAGGGCAUUGUGCACCUGGACCUCAAGCCAGAGAAUAUCAUGUGUGUCAACAAGACGGGCACCAGGAUCAAGCUCAUCGACUUCGGUCUGGCCCGGAGGCUGGAGAAUGCGGGGUCUCUGAAGGUCCUUUUUGGCACCCCAGAGUUUGUGGCUCCUGAAGUGAUCAACUAUGAACCUAUCAGCUAUGCCACGGACAUGUGGAGCAUUGGAGUCAUCUGCUAUAUCCUGGUCAGUGGACUUUCCCCCUUCAUGGGUGACAAUGAUAAUGAAACCUUAGCCAACGUUACCUCAACCACCUGGGACUUCGAUGACGAAGCAUUCGAUGAGAUCUCAGAUGACGCCAAGGAUUUCAUCAGCAACUUGCUGAAGAAAGACAUGAAAAACCGCCUGAAUUGUACCCAGUGCCUUCAGCAUCCAUGGCUGAUGAAAGACACCAAGAACAUGGAGGCCAAGAAGCUCUCCAAGGACCGGAUGAAGAAGUACAUGGCAAGAAGGAAAUGGCAGAAAACGGGCAAUGCUGUGAGAGCCAUUGGAAGACUGUCCUCUAUGGCAAUGAUCUCAGGGCUCAGCGGCAGGAAAUCCUCAACAGGGUCACCGACCAGCCCACUCAAUGCAGAGAAACUAGAAUCCGAAGAAGAUGUCAACCAAGCUUUCCUCGAGGCUGUUGCUGAGGAGAAGCCCCAUGUGAAGCCCUAUUUCUCUAAGACCAUUCGUGAUCUAGAAGUUGUGGAGGGAAGUGCAGCUAGAUUCGACUGCAAGAUUGAAGGAUACCCAGACCCUGAGGUCGUCUGGUUCAAAGAUGACCAGUCAAUCAGGGAGUCCCGCCACUUCCAGAUAGACUACGAUGAGGAUGGGAACUGCUCUCUAAUUAUCAGCGAUGUGUGUGGGGAUGAUGAUGCCAAGUACACCUGCAAGGCUGUCAACAGUCUAGGAGAAGCCACCUGCACAGCAGAGCUCAUUGUGGAAACCAUGGAGGAAGGAGAAGGGGAGGGGGAACAGGAAGAAGAGGAAGAGUGAAACAAAGCCAGACAGAAGCAGUUUCUAAGUCAUUUUGAAAGAACUAUUUCUUUAAAGCUCAAAAAACUCAAGAUAAAAAAACACCAGGUGUGAUAGAUUAUCUAGUUAGGUCAUUUGGGGUUGGUUCAUCAGCAAUAGCAGUUGAUACCUAGUAGCAUUAUUGAUGGGCAUUAAUUUGAAUUAGCUGGCACCUUCAGAUACUGGUGCAGCUAGAUAUCAUUUAGGGAAAUCACCAGCAACUUGCCUGAACAAUUGAUUUUAGAAAGAAAGUAACCAAAGGAAAUAUUUAUCUGGGCAAAGUCACAAAUUCCCUGACUGAAUGCACUCAUGAGAAAUAAGGCCACUCUGGGCUCUGCCGCCACAGCUCAGCCCAGAGAAUCCCUGGAGAUGGAAGGUCUAUCCCCCAGCCCCUGGCCCAGAGCUGGGUCUUCUCUGGUACUGCAGUAUCCAUUCUGAAAGCAGUUGAGCCAUUCUGACUUACGAGGCACACUAUUCCAAAGCACACUGUAGACAUUCGAAAUUCCCAGUUCUCUCCCCCAUUCCACCUGCCAGUUUUCUAGAUCUGAACUUGACAUGAGUUUCAGUACUAAGGACAUUCAUUAUGCUUCUUAGAUGGUGAAGACAUAUCCCCUGUUCAUGGAUGACUCUGGCUUCCCUAGGAAAAGAAAAUUUUCAUUCUUCUAAAAUUAGUAGGAAAUCUAAACUUACUCCUCUUUGUAAAUGUCUAGCAGCUUCAGACAUUUGGAUGAGAACCCGUGGGAAAAAAAAAUCCUUGCUAAUGUGCAUUUCUUCUUAAACCAGGAUUCUGAUUUGUGCUGUUACAGAAUAUCAGCCUGCAUGUGUGGUAAAGAUUUUUGUGUCUGAAUGUAGGAAAACCAGUCUGCUGAAAUGUUAGUCUUAAUUAUUUAUUGGGCACUAUGAAACCAAUUUUAACUAAAGAACAGCUGUAGAACUCCACAUACUUUGGAAUCUCCUUCAAGACCGUCUGAGUUUAACCCAACUUCAUUCUCAACACUUCAAAGAGCUCGACCUACCUUCUGGGUCCUUCUUGAAUGUGUAUCAAUCAUGCCUUGCCCAACCUUGAAAUAUAUUCUUAGACCUGAUAAAUGCACUCAGACUUGCAUCUUUAGGAAUUUUUAACUUUUUUUCACUACAUUGGCACUUAAAUGUUUUCCUUAUAAAACUUUUUGAAGGUCAUAAAACAAAGACCAUAAACUGAUAUACUUAGUAUGUUUCCUCUGCGUGUGUGUGUAACAAUCCAAAUACUUUUUUCUUUCCACUGUUUGUAAAGUGCUGCAAUUUAAUAUUACAAGGGACUUUUAAAUAGUUCCUUAAGAACCAAUUUUAAAUUACUUCUGUGCAAUCCUACACAGUAUCAGCAUUAGAAAUUUGGUAUUACUCAGCCUUUUGUUAUCUUCUAUUUUUAGCUGCUUUUUGCUGCUAGUUUCAAAUUGCCAGUAUUUUCCUUUUUUGCUUUUUAAACAGUUAUAGUAUUUUUAUUAUAGCCACAGUAUUGCCACAGUUUAUUAUAAUAAAGGGGGUUUAAUUAGAGCAUUUAAAGUGUUUUUUCAUCACUUUUAAUUGUGUUUAGACUAUAACUUUGUGUGCGUGUAUGUUGUGUGUGUGUGCAUGGGUGGUAUAUCUGUAUGUUUACAGGUUAAUGCCUUCCUGGGGUUGUGUUAAUGUUCUCUGGGUUUACUGUGCCAGCAGAAUGGUAAAUGAGAACACUAUGACUGUAGUUAGUGCACAAUUUUUAAAUAAAGGAUACCACAG